AUGAACCAUCAAUCAAUUUUACUAAAAACCAAUGGCUAAAAAGUGCAUAGAAAAUUCCUAAAAAUUCAUAAUUCACAACUCAUUCAUUUCCCUCCUUUGCCUUGUUAGAUCUGUCACCUCCCAAAUCCAACAGAAACCAAACAAACAAAGAGGAAUUAGAAAAAAAGACAAAACAAACAACCAAGAAAAAGGAAACCCUCCCUCCAGAACCCAAAAAACUGUUCUGGGUAGCCAAAUUUGCAGGAACCUAGCCAGAGCCAGCCACCCUCUAAUCUAUAUGCAUUGCACCAAAAAAGCUUCCUUUUUCUUUCUGCAACCAUUUCUGUCCAAAAAAAGGAAGGCAAGAAAGAUCAAAGAACACAAACAUACACAAUCCCCCAAGCUCAAAAGUCAGUAGUAACUAGUAAGUAGCAACAGCAGCAGCAAUUUACUAGAAGGAAAUCGUUUCCCCUGCCAAUGGGUAAUUGUCUGCCUGGGCUUGGCUGCUUUGUUGUUUUUGUGUCUCCUUCCAUUAACACCAUUACUGUUCCAUAGACAAAAAACCACCUCCACCAGCAGCAGCUAUUACAUUAUAGCUGUCUGAUUAAGUUGUUUGCUGCUGCUGCUGUUGUUGUUGUGCCUAUUUUUUGCUCUCUUUUUGUCAAAAAUUAAAUGUGUGUUUGUUGUCCUGUUUUGUUUGUUUGCCGCCAUUAAUGCCCCUUUUUAGAAGCUAAGGGAGGGUAAAGGUUUCGACAUUAUUGCUCCCCUUAAUUCCAAAUCCCCCCAAUUUCUAAAGGGUUAAAUACCCAUUUCCCCAAAUUUGGGUUUCUGAUAAAUCGAGAUCAAAUUCAAUCAGGGAAACAAUCAUAUCCCCAAUUUUCCCCCCCCUUUGAUUCUGCAUUGAAAAGUAUUUGGAUUUCUUCCCCCUUUCCUCUGCUCUGCCAUUAUCACAAGGAUUCCAGCAAGAAAAACAGAGUAAAAACUAAAAAAGGAACAGGCUUUCUUCUUCAUCCUCCAUUUCAUUUAUCUGGGUUCUAUCUUCCUUUUUUUUUCCUCCUGUCCAGAUCUCGAGACCCUUUUUGGUCCCUAAAUCUCUCGUUCUGUGAUAUUGACAUUUGUUCAAUAGUCAUUUAAUUUGGUGGGCACAUUCCCAAGCUUUUUCAACUCUCCCCGUCCUCCCCCCAAUCGCCUGUUCACUGCACCGCACCCUUUUUCUUCUUCUUCUCCUUUUUGUUUCGUUCUUCUCUCGCUUCAUUUCCUCCUCCCUCUCUCUGAGUUUCGGUUUUUGCAAUAUACAGAGCACUUAGAGCAAAGGUGAAGCGUAAAAACCCAAUCUUUUUUGUUUGUUUAUUGUAUUAUUUCAGUUGCUCGUGUGGGGAAGGAGAGGAAACAAAGAAAAUUGUUGACUUCCCCUUCAAAUUUGACUUUGUGUUAGCUACAUUAUAAGCCCAGCAAUUACGGGGAAGUCGGUGCUAUAAAAUUGGACGAGCUUUCGAUUAGUUGCUUUGCAUGGAAACCAAGGUACUAGCAAGUGUCUCUAAUUUGGUCUCCUUUCUCGUUUAUCCCUUUCUCCUAUAAUUGUUCUCUCUUCUUGUCAUUUAGCCGAGUAAAGUGGGUUCCUGCUUCCCUUCCCCUUUCCAAUUUCUUUAUUGAUUCAAUUCCCGCCCACAUUUUGAAGCUCCUGAUUCAAUCUCCUGCCAUAAUCCCAUUGGUUGUUUGAUUCUGAAUAGAUGGUUCCUAGUACUUGCCCAUGUUUGCUGAGUUUUUUUUUUUUAAUGUUUCCCUCAGUUGGAAGUUUCCAUUUUUAUAAUGUGGUAGUGGGAGGAGAACUCGGGCCGUGAAUUCUGGGAAUUUUGUAGGGAUUGGUGUUUGCUGUUAUAAGGAGAGUUUGCUAUUUGUUAAGCUUUUUCUCUAAUUUGAUUUGUGGCAUUGAGGUGGUCCUUUUUUUUCUUUCUUUUGAUCUUUCAGGUUGUGGAGAAAUGCCAAUGUCUCAGGAAGUAGGAAGUGAUCCAAUGUGGUCAGGAGAGGGAUCUGGGUUUGAGAUUUGGCUGAGUGAGCCUCAGAGUGUUGAGAAAAGGCGCCAAAAUUUCAUGUCCCAAAUGGGUCUUUCAAAUGAUGUGAGUAGCUCUACAAUGAGCAACAAUGGUGGUGACUGUGAGGGAGAAAUUGGUGGGUUGGAGUUUUCUGAGAGGGUUUCUGAGAGCAGCAAUGCUGAAUGUUCGCGGAGUUCGUGCACUGAUGGAGAUGGGGGAAGCAGUUCGGUUUGUUUAGGGAGGGAGUGUGGUACUGAAGCUAAUUCCAUGGUUGAUGAUGAUUCAGAAGAAGAGGAGUUCGUGGGAAGGAAACCAGGUAGUGGGAGCGAGAGCUCGGAUGGUGAAGUCUCAACUUCUCAGAAAGGGAAUGGUGAGAAGAUGAAGAGAAAGUGGAGUUGGAAGCAGUUUGUGAACAACAAGAAGAGGGAUGAUCAAGAUGUUAGUAGUAAUGACUUGGUUUCCAAGGCAAGCGGCAAAUUUGCCAAAGUGAAAUGUAACAAGAAGAAGUACAUGGAGCUCAGUGGGUUGUUUGUAGGGCAAGAUAUCCAAGCACACAAAGGAUUCAUUUGGACAAUGAAGUUCAGCCCUGAUGCCAAGUACUUAGCAACUGGUGGUGAAGAUGGAAUCAUUAGAAUUUGGCAAGUUGGAACAGCUCCUGCUGAUUCCAAGCUUCCCGGGGCUGGCUUGAAGAAGGGUGGUGGCCAGCAUCAGCAGCAGCCUUCCAUUGUGAUUCCCGAGAUGGUCUUCAGGAUUGAAGAGUCACCGGUGCACGAGUUUCGUGGGCAUUCGAAUGAUGUUCUGGACUUGGCAUGGUCAAGCUCAAAUUUGCUGCUGUCUUCUUCAAAGGACAAAACUGUUAGAUUGUGGCAACUUGGUUGCAACCAUUGCCUCAAAGUUUUCCACCACAGGAACUAUGUGACAUGCAUCCAAUUCAAUCCUGUCAAUGAGAACAACUUCAUCAGUGGAUCUAUCGACGGGAAAGUUCGAAUCUGGGGGGUUUCUGAGGCACGAGUCAUCGAAUGGGCUGAUGUUCGAGAUGUUAUAUCUGCUAUAUGUUACAAACCAGAUGGGAAGGGUUUUGUAGUUGGCUCGAUUCGAGGCAGAUGCCGGUUCUAUGAAGUAUCAGCUAAUGAUCUGCAUCUGGAGGCAGAGAUUCAUAUACAAGGCAGAAAGAGAACAUCCAGCAAUAGAAUCACAGGCAUUCAGUUCUCCCAGGAAAAAGUUCCAAAAGUCAUGAUCACUUCUGAAGAUUCCAAAGUCAGAAUAUUCGAUGGCUUUGACCUCAUCCACAAGUUUAAAGGGCUUCCAAGGUCAGGGAAUCAAAUGUCGGCUUCCUUCACAUCAACAGGGAAACACAUAAUCUCGGUUGGAGAUGACUGUCAAGUCUAUGUCUGGAACUACAAUGACCAAAGCAGCAGCAGUUUGUAUGGUGCUGGUAGCCCUGUCUACUCCAAAAAGAUAAAAUCUGAACAGUCCUUCGAGCAUUUCUCCUCACAAGGUGUCUCCGUGGCGGUGCCUUGGCAUGGAAGCAACAAGAGCAGUAUUGGUGGUGGUGCGAGUCCAGGAAGGUUCCUUGGCCAGAAAGGCACCGGCCACCAUGGUGGUAGGAGGAGGGGUUCGAAAGACAUGGAUAGGUUUUCGAUUGGCAAUUGGUUCAAAGACGGUGGAUUCAGGGCAAACUCGUCCUCUGGUGCCACGUGGCCUGAGGAGAGGCUUCCCGGAUGGAAUGGUGCUGGAGGAGGGUCUAGGGUGGUGGAUCGGAACCCGACGACAUGGGGGAUGGUGAUUGUGACGGGGAGUUGGGAUGGGAAGAUUUCCACUUUCAAUAACUAUGGGUUGCCAAUGAUAUUAUGAUGCCUUGAUAUCUAAUAUCUUUGAUGAGAUGACUUGAGUCGGAAGAAAGGGGGGAAAAAGAAAACUUGUAGAUGUUGAAGAUAAAGAGUGUAAAGGCUAAGCUCUAGGUCAAAUUAGGAUUAAGGUUCUUUUCUCUUAGAGCAAAUGGUGGUAGAUGUGAAUAAUUUAAGUUAGUCUAAACACAUUGAAAGAAGGUAGGGAAAGAAAAAAAAAAGAUUCAAUAUGAUGGAAAUUUUGAUAAAUAUCUUAAAUAUUCUCGGUCAUUGGUGCGAUUGUAAGUUUAUAAGAAGUCGUUUAUUUUUUAUUAAUUUAUGUGUAAAUUCAUCUCGUCUUUGUUGUCGGAUCCUUUAGUACGAUAGGUUGGGCUUUGGAGUUGGCAAUGCUAACUGACCAAUUUGGUCAUUGUAUGUAAGACACAAGAGAUAAUAUACUCAGAUUAAGCACUAAUUAUAUAAUUUGGGAUAACUAAACCAUUGAAUUCGAUCAUGGUUUCCCCAUGCAACCUCUUGCACCUUUUCCUCCACGGCAUGCUAAUUCUCGGAUUCCAUAGUAGCCUACUAACCUUAGCUAUAAGAUUUUUUCACAAAAAAGAAGAAAAAAACAUUAUAAAUUAGACAUACUUGCUCGACUGUUCGAAGCCUUAACAACAUCAUAUGUGGGGCGAGAUAUAUAACCUAACAAGCUUAUGAAUCAUCAAUAAGCCAACUCAUAAGUUAUAGAUCGAAACUUGCUCAUAUGCCGUAGAGCUGCUUGCCAGCCAUACUAUCGAGCCAUCUCAUGACCUAAAGACGAACCAGCUCAACGAACUAGUCAAUAUUUAUGUCAAGCUUGGUUCGUUGGUAGAAAAUCGAAAGUAUAACGAGCUUUUCCCGAUACUGUAACUUGAAAGAAUCUGUGGGCUGAGCCAGUGGGUUUUGUAAGUAUAAUGUGGGCUGAAGAUGGACCGUAUUUUGCAGAAGGACACCUCACCACCACCUUACCAACCUUUGCCGGGGGAGGGAAAUAAUUAAAUAAAUCAUUUUGAAAAAAGAUUAGGAACCUCACCAACCCUCAACAAACGAUGCUUCAAAAAUCCCCAUUUGCAUCCCAGUAGCGCGUGUCCAACACAGCCCACCCGCUCUCUACGCCGUCGUUUUGCUCGUAUGAUACCCGGGAAUUGCGGAUCCGACCCGUGUAUAAACAAUAAAACUCGAGUUUGAUUUAUAUAAGAAGUUAUAAUCCAAAAUCUGUUGGAUGAAUUAAUUAUCAAUGUGAUGUUUACCCGACCGAAAUCAUUCAUUAGUUGUUUACUUGUUUAUAUCUUAUUCAGUGUUAUUUCCAUGGUAAUCGUUCAUUUGGCAUUUCAAAUAUCUCAUUUGGUUGCUGAACCAUUUACAUAUGAUAUAUGUCAAUACGGUAUUUAUAGAUUGAAAUCACUCAUUCAUUGUUUAUAUUCUAUUUCAGUAUUAUUUUUGUGAUAGUUGUUCACGUAUAGGGAUGGCAACAAAACCCGAACCCACGGGUACCCACCCGACCCAACCCGGUCAACGCGGGUUGACGGGUUUUGGGUCGGGUUCGGAUUUAAACCCGCUACACUAUUCAUCGGGUUGGGUUUGGAUUUAGGUUAACCCGACCCAUGGGUACCCGCCCACACACAUAUAAUUACUUUCCUGGUAUAUUUAAUAUUCUAAAUAAUAUAUUUUCCUUAAACAAUUAAUAUUCUUUAUGUUUGUAGAGACAUGUAUAAUUUGUUUUUUCUAAUUGUUUAAAAUGAAGUUGAUAUUAUGAA